CUACAAGUUCCACCAACAAAAACAAAAAUAUUGGGCCGAAUACGGAAAAUGUAAGCCCAACACCGAUCAGGCCUUGGAGUAUUUGUAGCCCACAUACCAACAUUACCCACUAUGCCACGGCGGGCCAUGGAAGACCCGCAAUACACGCUUUCGGAAUUGGGGAUGAGAUUCCUCCAACUAAUUGUAAUUAGUCCUGGUUCAUUUAUUUGACUAAUAAGUAAUAACUGAUCCUCAUUAAGUUCCACUUACAGCAAUUAGGUGCAUUAAUAAAUCAAAUCAAAUUAUUAAUUACACCGUUAAAGAUGCAAAUCGGGUUCCGUUUUAGUCCCGAAAACAAAGCCCACAUUCCCACUGGCCACUAACCAAUUCCUCUCCUCAAAAAAUAAAAAACGAAAAAAAAUAUAUCUAUUCUUUCUCUUCCUCUGUUUUCUCUUCUAAUUAACGGUAUACCAGCAGGAACCCGCCGCCGGCCGGAGAAUUGGGUGGAGGGAGAGAAGAGACAGCACAAAAACAAAGGAAGAGAACAUCUCAUCUCCCUUCUACCUCCUCCUCCUCCGGCCACCACCACCGCCGUGACAUGAAACCAUCUCAUCUCAUUACAUUUCUACGCCUUUACCCAAACCCCAAUCUCCAUCAUCGUCGUACUCCUCCUGGCAAUCACCAUCGCCGCCACCACAAAUGGGGGAGAGUUUGAGAUUGACAUUCUAAAGAAUAGAAAAAAUCAAAUUCUCGAAUCGAGCUCACAAAUGCCAUGGUAGACAACCCUCCUCCACCGCCAUUCCUCCAAUUCCUCGCGGAUCUGGUCGCCCUCUUCUCAAUCUUCGCCAUCCUCCUCCUCUCCCUCGUCUCCCUCCUCCUCAUCCUCCACCUCCACCUCAAAUCCUCCACCGCCGCCGCCGGCGGCCACCACCUCCGGAGCUUCAAUUCCCUCUGGACCGUCAGAUCUGUCCUGGUCCUCUUCGUCUCCCUCUGGGCCUUCACCGAGCUCCUCGUGAUUCCGUCCUUCCGCCGCCACUACCUCCCCAAAUCCCUAACGAUCCCGCAGCAGAUCUGCCUCUGCCGCCUCCACGUCUCCCUCAAUCUCGGCCUCUUCCAGCCCGGGUUCCUCGUCGCCUUGCUCUACCUCGUCAAAAUCUCCGUCAAGAAGAGCACGCCGCGCGGAUCCCGCGCCGUCCUCUCCAUCUCCGCCACCUGCCUGCCGGCGCUCCUCCUCCAGCUCGUCUUCAUCUUCGGCGCCUCCUCCGGCCUCUUCCGCCUCCCGCCCUUCUUCAAUCGGAGCUACCUCCUCCCGCGCACCGUCCUUUCCCCCAACAACAACAAGAUCCCCAUCGCCGCCGGAAACGACGCCGUGCUCUGCCUCUACCCGCUGAUGAGCUGCGUCGUCUUCGGGGCGUUCGUCGUCUGGUACCUCUCGGCGUUCUCGAUCUCGUGCUUCAAGGCGCUGACUCUGGUCAUCAAUCAGGGGCUGAGGUUUCGGCUCUACGGAUUGACCCUCGUCGUGAUGGUUGCUCUGCCUCUGCAGCUCGUCUGCCUCGGCUUCUCCGUACUGUGGACGCCGCGGGACGAGCCGUACGCCGUGCUGUCCCUCGUCAUCUUCCUCGCCGCGUUCGUCAUGGCCGCGGCUGGGGAGGGCGUCAUGGUGAUUCGGCCGAUCGCCGAUUCCUUGGCUGCAGAUCAGGAGAUUCAAUUGGGCUCCGGCAAGGUGAUUCAGUUGGGUUCGAGUCAGGCCGCGGUGGUUUUUCGGACGGAGGAGGAGGAGGAGAAAGCCGUGGUGGUGGUCGCUGCGGCGACGGAAGAAACGACGGCGGGUGGGAGUAGUCGUAGUGUACAGUUGUAAGCAUCAAAUCAUAGUGAGAGAGCUGGGAAAGGGAAAAAAUGGGUAAUUGACUAAUUGUUUUGGUUAUAUGAAUGAGUAUACAAUACACAGAGAAAGCUUUU